UAACAGAUGUCAAAGAAAAGCCAAUCAGCACUCUGUUACUGUACAGGAACAGCGCCCACAACUCCACACUGCAGCGUGUGUGUGUCAGGCACAGGCCAGGCAUGAGCAAUCGAUAUCCAGUGAUGGCGGCUUCGAUUUUAUGGUCGCUGAGGAGGCUUCAGCUUUUUAGCGGCUCCCAUCCGGCUGUGCUGGGUUGUCGUGGCCUGCGGAGCCGUCCUCCGUUCAGUCCGGUGCCUUUGGAUGAGGAGGAGCUGGAGGAGAGUGAAUGGAAUGAGGAGCAGGAAGUCACGAGAAUACUGAAGAGACGUGGGGAAGCAAUCCGGUUCAAACAUAUAAAGAAGCAGAUGGAACCCCCGGGGUCUCCUGAAAGGCGGCUGACCUGGAAUGCAAUGGAGCAGAUCAGAUAUUUGAACCAGGAGUUCCCUGAAGAGUGGACUUUACAGCGACUCGCUACCGGAUUUAAUGUUAGUACUGAUGUCAUCGGGAGAGUAUUGAAGUCGAAAUUUGUCCCAUCAGAAGCUCGGAAGAUGAAGCAGGACUCUUCUGUUUCCAGACACCUUGGACAAAUCCCCUCGAGGACAAAGCAGGACCAGCUUAAGUUGUCUUCUAAACAUCCAACACAACCUGUCUUAGGAGAUGGGAAGAGUGACCGGCAACUGCUAGUCAGCCACUCGCCACCACUUCUUCCUUCUCCCAAAACGUCAGACGUCUCUCAUGUAGCUGUGCGGGGGGAAGGUGCUCAGAGACACCGAGAUCAUUCCCUAAUACCUCAAAUCCCCCUUCACAAGGUCCGGGAGGCUCCACCUUCUCCAGCUCUGACUAGUGCAAAUCCAAGUGUACCGGAAGAACCGGUGUCCGGUGUGGAUGUGGAAGAAGACUUGGAGACACUGGAUGAGACGUGGGAUGGGGAGGUAAUAAGUGAUCAUGAACUAGAAGAAUUAUCAAAGAGUGGACUUGAAAAUAAAAUCAAAGUUGUACAAAAAGGAAGUGAAUAUUGUGAUAGCGAUGGCAAUUUUCUAUACAGAAUCUGAAUAUAAACAAUGUACAUUUCAAUAAAUAAUUAGCUUUUUACUAAAA